GCACCGUGUCUCGUAUUGUUUGAUGCGCCCAAACAUGGCUCGCCAGCUGGUACUGGAAAUCCAGUUGGUGUGGUCACUUCCAAGGACCUGCUUCGAGCAAUUGUCACGAGCAAAUCCAGUCGUCCAGAUUCGGGUGUUGCCGGAAUGUCACACACAAAUCACGAGAGAUGCGAUUCCCCUCUGGGUGACCACCACUGGGCUGGUGGAUCGCUGAGUUCGGAUGAAGUGAUGUCGUCGAAUUCAUUCGAGCGAAACGCAAGGAAGCCCGAAGCAAUUCACCAUUCAGACUCUUUACUCGGUGCGUCGAAUUCUUCGUUUGAUGAUGGAGCUUCAUUGUCAAGCUCUUCUGGGAGCACAUGUUCGGCUCACUCGGACUCAGAGAGAUUACAUUUAACUUCGCGGCUCCAUCAUCCGAUACCGAGUGAUGGGAGUUUUUGCAAUUGUGCUUGUCAUCAGAGCAUGGAUGGGAAAAAUCCACUAAACGGCAAAACUGAGCAACCACGUUUUUUGUCAUCGCACCAGAUGUCCACGGAUUCGACGUUUUCCUAUAGUUCCAAAGGCUCGGAGGGCUGGUUCAGUUUGGUAGAUAACAGGGAAGACGAGGAGAGUACAGUCACGUGUUCGAAACAGUUGUUUAGUCACUUCCUGGACGAUGAACUGUAG